AUGAGGCGCCUCAACCCCUUCGCCAAGCAGCGCUACCGGGAGGAAGAAAAGCCGGUGACGGAGGAGUUCACUGCGGUUCUUUCGACUGACAGCUUGGUGAAGGACAUCCCUUACCGCGAUACUCGAACGCUAAUUUUUGUUUACGGCAAGCCGCUGAUUUCCAAUGCAGAGGGCAGCGUGUCUCUUCCGGAGGCCUCGCCGGACGGGGAAGGGGCGCACGGGCCCGACGCAGCGGCGUGGGACCGCGACGGGCGCGCGGCGUUCUCUGGGAUCCAGUCGGGGGCCAGCCAUGCGCUGCACAUGAUGUCCCACCCAACGUCGUUCCACUUCGCCGCGGGGCGUCUCUCCGGUGGCGUCGGAGGCCUCGGCGACCGCGUGGGGGGCCCCUCGCCCUACUACGAACCCGGGGCUCCGCCGGGGGCAGCGCUCCCCCCCUCGAUGUUUCUCUCGCCUCCGACGGGAGGCGGCGGCGAGGGCGCGUUGCUGCAACCCCUCGUGCUCAGCUCUCUGGCCUACGUGCGCGUAGUGGACGCCUGCGUGGGGGAGAGACACGCGCUCUUCCUGUCUGACGCCGGCGAAGUCUACGCGUACGGCGAGGGUCGAUUUGGGCAGCUGGGGCUGGGCUACGAACUGCAAGUCAUUCCCAAGCCGCAGAAGAUCGAAGGCGCCCUCGGCCGCGUCGAGGUACAGCAAAUCGCUUGCGGAGACUAUCACUCCGUCGUCCUCUCCCGCGAGGGGGCCGUGUACGCGUGGGGGGCGGCAGACUGCGUCGGCGACGGGAGCGGGUUGUGCCGGUACGCGCCGGUAGGCAUCUCGCUGCCGGCGUCCUCGGAGUUCGCGGGGCCUUCAGAGAGCUGUCACGUGAUUGCGGCUCGCUUCCAGCAGACGAUGGCGGUCACAGAGGGCGGGCACCUCUUCGUCUGGGGCGAGACCUUUUUCGCGAACUUCCACCCCACCCCAGAAAUUCUCUGCAUUUUUCCAAAGCUCGUCGUCCAGAUCGCCAUUGGCAAACACUUCGGGCUCGCAUUGACAGACGACGGUCUGGUCUACGGGUGGGGCGACGGAACAUAUGGCGAACUCACGACCGCGUGCUCCACAACUCCGCUCACACUACCGCAACCUCUGCAACUGAAGGACUCCAGCGGGCAGUCCCUUCCCCCGAUCAUCGCCGUGGCGGCUGGCUUGCGGCAUGCCAUCGUCUUGACGCACGACAUGCGGCUGUGGGCCUUCGGGGACAACCUCGCGGGCCAGUGCGGGGUCCCGGGGCACCAGACCCGGCUGAGUGUCCCCAAGAUAAUCAAGCUGGGAGAGCUCAGGUCACGCGCCAGCAAAAUCGCGUGCGGCUAUCGCCACUCCGCAUGCAUCACGCCGAACUACCAGCUAUACUUGUGGGGCCACUCAUCAAACCACAAGCUGAUCUUCACGGCGGCGGCCGAGGGAAUAUGCGACAAGGCUACACAGCCCGGCGUCGCGAUCCGCUCGGGUCUGAAAAGCUCCUGCUGCAGAGCGCGUCUGAUUUACUCCAUGUUGAACAUGAAGAUCAUGGGGGCAGCGUUGGGCAGCGAGACAACCAUCAUCGUGACGGGCGACGGGGACUUUGAGCACACAGUCUGCCCGAUGCGCGACGGCGGAGACCUGCCCGCUGCCCCGAACAUAGCGAACGAGAAGGCGUUUUCCUCUGAAGAGAAGAGAGACGCCGCGGACGGCCUGCAGGCGCGGGUGAUCACUGCGGCGGAUCUCACGACGUCGUCGCGGCCGCUCGCCGAGGCCACGCCGCGUCCCAGCGCCGCCCGACGCUCGCGCCGGCCUGCGGACGCGAGUCGCGGAAAGGAGACGCAUCAGUCCUUUUCAUUUUUGGGUGCCCAGCCUCGCCGCGCGGGCGAAGCCGGGGAGAACGGCCGAGCGCAGGGAGACGCACACGCGGAGGGGGGCCACAGCGCCCCCCCGCAGAGCAACGGCGACGCCCUGGCGGCGCCGCCGCGCGAAUCCCGCGUCGGGGAGGGCCGCGGAGGAACUGUCGUAGGCGAGGAGGCGCGAAGAGAAGAAGAAGGAAGCGAGUCCGGCGCGGAAGAAAGCCAGCGGAGUCCCUCAGUGCCGAGUGCGCCAGCGCGCAGCGAACCUGCCGAACGCGCGGGCGAUCAUCCGCCCCUCGAGGAAGGGGGCGACGCGGAAGGCAAGCAAAGCCUCUUGCCUUCGCUUCUCAUGUCGCCAUCAGAGCCUGUCCCGCAUGCGGCGCCCCCAUCAGCAAGCGCAGCCACGGCAGACGGAGAGGAAAAAGAAAACGAUGUCGCUGAAGCAAAUCCGGCAGCAGCCGACCGACCAGAUGAGGAGCUGCGAUAG